GUUAGCUUCAGCGCUGGAUGAUAAAAUGCAGUUGUCCUAAACAUCUGGAUGUUAUAAAGGUAGCACACAGUCCUUUCUCAGUGUUUACAGAACUAUGAAAACAUUUCAUCUUCGUUGCAUCCCCUCAUGUUUUUAAAAUACUGAAUUAUUGAACCACUUCAGAGGUUGGAGUUCCUAACUAGCAUGCUGCUGCUAGCUUGCUAACCUUCCUGCAGACCAGGGCCGAGCUCAUCUCAUCUCCACUCAUGUCAAAGAUGGCGAGAGACAGGAAGUGCAUCCUCUGUGAAACAGUCCACAUCUCAAAGCAGGAGAUGGAUGAGCACAUGAGAAGCAUGCUGCACCACAGAGAGCUGGAGAAGCUCAAAGGCCGGGACUGCGGACACGAGUGCAGAGUGUGCAAGGUGACGGUGGCGAGCCUGACUGAUUACGCCGGCCACAUCUCCAGUCCCUCGCACAAACAGAACGUGGAGGCUGCAGAGAAGGGGCACUCUGGGAACGCCCGGGAGGAGGACUACUUUGAUCGGGCUCUGGUGCAGCUGGUGGAGAAGAGGAAAGAGCAGAUCAGAAAAGAGAAAGAAGCCGCUGCUGCAAAGUUGUCCAAAGAAGAAGAGGAGCGAAAGAGAAACGAGGAGCUUCAGCAGAAGUUAAAAGAAGCUAAAGAGCGCUACCAGCGGGGGGUUGCGUGGCAGCAGCAGCAGAAGCAGCAGCAGCAGAAGCAGCAGAAGCAGCCGUCGCAGGGCUUCAGUGGAACCAGUCACAACAGGACCUGGUACAGGAGCAACCAGUUCAAUGACCGAGCAGGGGAGCAGGAAGCCUGGAACCACAACAGGCAGGGGAAGAGCGCCACCUGGCACGCUCAGGAGCCGCCCAACUUCCAGAGAUGGGCGUCCGAAGAGUUCACUCCUGGGAGUUUUAGUAACCAGGAGCAUUUUGGAAACAGGCAGCUCAAUCAGGGUCAGUUUCAACAGAACCGCCUGCCGUGGCUCAGCAACGGAGGCAGCAGCAACGGGAUCUACGGCCGGAACAACAUCUCUCAGUUCCCUCAGAGGAACCGGCCCGUGAGCCUCUUCGAGUCCCCGUUGUAUCCUCCUCCGCCUUUUUUAUUUGCUCAGCCUGUGAACCAGUUUCAAAACACAGGAAACCCUCAAGGAGGUCAGACCAGGGUUCAGAACGGAGAGGGGAGACCUGCAGAGCCUGAGCACAACAGGACUUCCAAGACCUUUGGUAGCAACCCAAAGCUGGACAAAACCGCUCGCUGGUCUCCUUAUCCGGUCUCAAAGGGGUUCGAAUCUGCACCUCAUAAGGAUUCAAACUCAUUAGAGAAACACCCAACAGUCCCCAAACCCCAGACCCAAGACAAGGCUCCGGACACCAGCGCUGCUAACAGGCAGUCCAGACCGGAGCAGAAACUGGGACAGUUACCCUUGAGUAGUCCGAGUCCCAGAGAGAAAGUGAAGAAGAUAAAGCCUCAAAGCAAAUCCAGAGAUGGAAGCAGCAGCAGCAGCAGUCGAAGCAGCAGCACUCAAAGAGAUGAGCACCUCGACUCUGCAGCCGGUCCUCCUUCUGACAAGAACACAAACAAGCCGGUGCUGCAGAAAGACAGAAAGGCGUCCUCCUUCUUAGGCCUUAAUGUGGGAAAGAAAACCAGCAAGCCCUCGAGUCAGGCGCCGCCACAAACAAAGUCAACCACGAGUCAGAGCAGACCGGGUAGCACGGCUCCAGCUGUCGGGCCUCUGCAGUCAAAGAAAGAACGGCAGCUCCCAGAAACGUUCUGCAAAGCCAAACAGACCGUGUUAGAAAGGAGAUCCUCUUUGGACAACUCCAAAAUCAACCGGUUCGAGAUGGUGCUGCAGAUCUCAAAGGAGCAGCAGAGAGAUCAGAGUCACAUCGGGAUGAACAAAGAGAACAGCUGCAGGCAGAACGCAGCCAAACCCAACGUACCCGAGUCUCUGAGGCCAGAGAAGCCUGGAGUUCAACCCUCAGACAGCAGCCAGUUCCUCCAGUCGUUGCACGUUAGCACCUCGACCCUGGAGAGCUUAGAGCCCGCCGCCUCGAGCAGAGAAGGCGAGGAAAACAGGAAGAAAGAGAGGAAGGAAGCAUGCCAAGAAGAGGCGAUGCAGGCUGUCGAAGCGGGUCAGAGCUCAGAGAGCGACACCUCCAGAAGUGGUGAAGCGCAGCAGACGGUCUCGGGGUCAAACACGUCGAGUCUGUCCAAACUGGACCUUCCUCCUGUCCUGAAACGAGACCUGUCCAAACACAUCAGCUCCAAGAGCAAAGCAGGAUGCCUGGAGCCCAAUCUGAACAUCGCCAGGCGGGUUCGGAAUGUGAGCGAGUCACGGAGGAGCGACACAGAAAAAGACUCGGGGCUCAAACCCACAGUACGGCAGCUCAUCAGCUCCUCCUCCAGACGCAACGUGAACUGGGAACAGGUUUACCAGGAGGUCAGGAAGAAGCAGGACAAAGGGAAAGGCAUGCCGAGGUUUGGGAUCGAGAUGGUGCCAUGUGAGCAGGAAGACCAGAGCCAAGAGGAGGGCGACGUUCCCCUGCUGGAGGGCUUCCAAUGGGAUUCACUGAUGGACAGCUCUGCGCCCGGCUCCUCCAGAAAACGCUCCUUAUCUGAGAGCUCCAUCGCCCCCGCCUCCUCUCACUCCCUGUUUGCAUCCCUCACAUCUCAGGAGACGCAGAGAGACGACCUCCGCUCAGAGCCGCAGGUCUCCCCCGUCUCUACCAGACCCCAGGAAGAGGAGGAGGAGGACAAGGACAGUCUGCGUCACCUAGAGGUGGAGAAGAUGCUCGGUCAGCUCGAGGAGAAGGCUCAGAAGCAGCCGGAAAAGCUGACGUCAGUGACCGUGAAGGCUCUGCAGAGGUCGGACUCUGUGCUCGGGGACAGCAGUUCAGGGACGGAGCAGCUGGACGGGCAGGGGACGGGGAAGAGGCGGCGAGCAGCUGGGGAUGUCCCGAGUGCAGAGACGUCUUGCCUUGAACACAACAAUAAGAGGAGGAAGGUCAAAUCUAAAAAGGAGCGUUUACAGAUCGACCAGCUGCUGGCCGUGUCUCUGAGGGAGGAGGAGCUGAGUCGCUCCCUGCAGACGGUCGACACCAGCCUGAUUCAGGCUCGUGCCGCUCUGCAGGCCGCCUACAUGGAGGUGCAGCGUCUCAUGGUGGUUAAACAGCAGAUGAAUGGAGAGAUGAACACGCUGAGGAACAAGCGCAUCGAGCUUCUCAAAGGAAUGCAAGGGACCAUGGAUGAAGCCCCGAAGGUCACACUGAAAGAGGAGAGGAUGGAUCCGGUCCAAGCAGUGCCAAGUCUGCCCACGUGCGCCUCCCCCCUCUCUGUUACCGAUCCUGCUGUUGCUGCUGGCACUCAAAGUCCCGGUCCCCCUGCUGAGCGUGCCUCCCCUCCCUCCUCCAGUUGGCCCGUCGUUAUCAAGCAGGAGCCUCAGUCUCCGGUCCACGUCAGCUCAGACCCCGACCCUGUGGAGCACAUCAGCCUCUGUGCUCACAGCACCACGCCAGAGCUGCCGGUCGCUCCUGCUGCAGCCUCUCCAUCAGACUCUCCUCUUCAUUUCCAGCCGUCUCCUGAGCGAAAUCCAGAGCAGAACCAAAUUAACACAGAGAAUGACGUGGAGAGCUUUCUUGAGUCUGCAGACCACAAAGAGGGUUUAUCAGGACUGGUUGAGACCGUGGAAAAGGCCACACAGGCAACAAAGAGCUUUGUUGCCCUGUCGUCUGACUCCAAAUCCUCCAUAAAGCGUCUCUCCCCCAGCAGGAGGGGCUCAGAGGUGGGCAGCGUCGGCGAUUGUGCAACCUCACACUCCUUCGAGCCCCCCUCGGUCCUGAACCUGCCCGCCUCUCCGUCAGAGCUGCGGGGCGGGAAGCGUGUGAGGAAGCUGAAGAAGAGGAAAGUGUUGAAGAAGGCUCAGGGGGCGGAGCAGCCCGAGAGCAGCGACACAGAGCUGGACGGGGAGACGCUGAGGCCGAAGUUCCUUCGACCACGCAGGAGACCCAGCGGGAGCUCUCAGGUCAGCACCUCCACGCUCCCCGUGGAGGACAGGGAGGGAGACGUGAACAUGGAGGCCGGAGAGGACAUGAAAGUGGACUUAAGGUCCCCCAAACACACGUUGGAGCUUCCUCCUGCUGAGCUCAUGAUAAACUCAGACUCAGACCUGAUGGAGGUCAGUCUGGAUCCCCUGAUUCAGACUCCUACUCCUGCACUGGUGUCCUCCAGAGUGAGGCCGCAGAGUCUGGCCUGCAAUGAGGUCUCAUCCACCAGCGACAUGGAGAUCUGUAAAUCCUCUGAGAGUGAUUUGCCGUUUCCCACCGUGCUGCCCAAAACACUGAAGACCUCCUCAGAUGCAUCGUCCGACCACGGAGAGGAUGAUCUGCCCACCGAGGGUGUGUUCGAGGGUCACCAGGAGGCCGUAAACGCCAUGCAGAUCCACAAUGGGCUGCUGUACACGUGCUCAGGAGACCGGACCGUCAGAGCCUUCGACCUGGUGAGUCAUAAAUGUGUGGGUGUGUUCGAGGGUCACAGCUCUAAGGUGAGCUGCCUGCUGGUGUCUGCUGCUCCCUCCCUCCAUCAUCGCCUUUAUACUGGCUCCAGUGAUCAGACCAUCCGCUGCUACAGUCUCAAGACGAACGAGCUGGAGCAGCAGUUCUCUCUGUCAGACCGAGUCCUCUGCCUCCACAGCCGCUGGAAGUAUUUGUACGCCGGUCUUGCAAACGGCACCGUGGUGACCUUUAACCUCAAGACGAAUAAGGAGACAGAAGUGUUUGAGUGUCACGGGCCGCGGGCUGUGAGCUGCCUGGCCUCGUCUCAGGAAGGAGCCCGGAGGAUCCUGCUGGUCGGCUCUUACGACAGCACCAUCAGCGUGAGGGACGCCAAGAACGGACUGCUGCUGCGCACCCUGGAGGGACACACCAAGACCGUGCUCUGCAUGAAGGUGGUGAAUGAUCUGGUUUUCAGUGGCUCCAGUGAUCAGUGUGUUUACGCACAUAACAUCCAUACCGGAGAGCUGGUGCGGGUCUAUAAGGGUCACAGUCAUGCUGUGACGGUGGUGUCCGUCCUGGGGAAGGUGAUGGUGACGGCCUGCCUGGACAAACUGGUCCGAGUCUACGACCUGCAGUCUCACGAGCAGCUGCAGGUUUACGCCGGACACAGAGACAUGGUGAUGUGCAUGGCCAUCCACAAGAGCAUGAUCUACACGGGCUGUUACGACGGCAGCGUGCAGGCGGUCAAACUCAACCUGAUGCAGAACUACCGCUGCAGGUGGCACGGCUGUUCGCUGGUGUUCGGGAUGACGGAGCACCUGCAGCAGCACCUCAUCAACGACCACACGAGCGCCAACGUCCAGACGCUGAAGUGCCGCUGGAAGAGCUGUGAAGAGUUUUUCUGUUCACGCAACAGCUCCAAGCAGGCGAUGCUGAUGCACAUGCAGAAACACGCUGAGGAGGAGACCGAAGCGGAGCCUUAAGGGCCUCUGGAGGGAUCACACUCUCUCUCUCUUUCCCUCAGCCUUAUCUCUAACCUCCCAUAUUGGGGGGGACUUUCUCGGGGACCCACUUAUCUUAGCAGCGCCCCCCCACCCUUGUCGGGGGGCCCUUGUGAGUGGCGUCCGAUGACUCCAUCCUUUAUGUUCCGUGUUGGAAUCCAACCAUAAAACAAUCGUGAAAGGAGAGUUGGUCGUGCUGUUAUUUUUUACGUUCUACAAACACGCCUUCCUCUCUCUCUCUCUCUCUCUCUCUCUUUCUGUCUGACCACUGCAGUUCCUCUUUUCACUGACCAAAGUAAGACGAAGAAAUUUAUUGACUGUUGUUUGUUGAAGAAACGUCAGAGUUGCCAGCAGAGGGAGCUGUUUCGCUUUCCUGUUAAAAACUCCAACAAAACCCAAUAAAUCAGAAUUGGUUGGCUCCGUUAUGGCAUGGGUUAAGAGAUGUUUUAUUGUUGUUGUGCAGUUGUGAUGUGUCUCAUUGAGCAAUCUAUACUUUCUUUUUCUUUGAUUUAAUCCACUUUAAGUGACUUUUAUUCUCUUUAACAGAAAUAAACCGGCGAGCUCUCGUGGCUGUUUGAAAUCAAGGUGUGAUUAUUUGUUUGAAGGAGUUUCAUUGAAGUGACGGUUUGGUUUUUAUUUUAUUCCCAGGAAGAAUUCAACUUCUUACAUCUUUUCUUUUUUUUUUGUUUGCUGACACAGUUUUUAUUUUUCCCUGUAGUUGCUCAGGAGUUGAAGGACUUUGGUGCAGUGUUGUUUUGGCACUUGAGAACUUACAUUUUGCAGUGAGAACAGAACCAAGACGUGGUGUUUGUUUGUUAAAUGUGUUUCUCUGAGUGGGAUUACUCCGUGCUUAACGUUGACAGAGAGGGUUUAACUCUGUCUCUGGAGUGAGUGUGAGUUUUUAUGACACAGUUUCCUCCUCGGGUGGAGAUGUUGUUGUUUUUGGAUUUAUUUUAUGUAUGGAGGAUUAAGUGCGCAGAAGGCACUGGAGCUGUAUUUUUCCAUGGUAGACGGUUUUCUAAUGAAGUGUGGAGGUGAAGGAUGUCUCGAGGAAGGUGCGCGAUGGAGGAGCUUGAAGGGAAGAUUUAGAAUUCAUCUCCCAUGCCAUACUUCAUCCUCAAUGCUCAGCCACUUUAAGUCAUGCAAUUAUAUUUAAUCGUAGCUCACUUUGUCGUGGUUACAGCUCUCUCGGUUGUGUCCUCUUUUAAGGUUUUUUCUACUCCAGCCGCCAUCGUCUAAUCUCACCUCGCGUGUGUGUUCGGUGUCUCUGACCGAGGAAAGCGAGCGGUUCCCCUCUUAGCUGGCACUCCUGACUUUCUUCACGUUUUUCAGUUUUUGUCAA